AUGCAUUCGUCUACGAUUAUUGCAUCGAUUAUAGUCCUCGUUACAAUUGCUGCGAAACAUUCAUCAGUUGCAACACACGACUCGUACCUUCAAGCAUUACGUCGACGAACUCAUGCUUACAAUUAUGACAAGAAUCAGCAGAGAAAUAUGUUCCUUCGACGUCUUGCGCAACAACUUAUUGAAGACGAAGAUAGUGACGAGAGCCUUCGAUCUGCAGCGUGGAAGCGUGAUAAUUCAGCUGGGUCUACAAACAUCUGUGGUGAAAUGCUCGUGAAUCAAGAUAUUAAUGAUGCAGAUACGUAUGAUGGGUCAUGGAAUCCAAUGUCCGCAACAACAAAUACCGCUGAAGAGUGUCGCGAUCGCUGUCAGUCAUUUCCAGAUUGUGUGGCCUGGAGUUUUAGAAAAGCUACCUUUGACUGUAAUCCAAUGGUCCAUGUAGAUGGAAAGCCUGGUUCUUACCCUGGAUAUACGUCAGGAUUUUGCAAAAAAGCUACAGCUUCAACACUACCACCGUGCAAUAGUGCUACUUGUUGUGCCACGACUAAUUGUAUUCCUUGUGAUAAUAAUGGUACUCCUGCUGCUUGUCGUCGUGCUCGUUAUAGUCCUAAUUAUGAUUUUGGUGAGCGUUGUGAUAAUAGUAUUUAUGAAAAUGGUAUUAGUGCUGAUACGAGAGUUGGUAUUAAAACUCUUGAUUGUCCUGCUUAG